ACCCCGCUGUUGGCGCCACCUUCUGAGCUGGAAUAAGAGCCAACGGCUGGGCACUUCGGUUUCGGUAGCGUCAUCUAAAUCUCACGUUUGCUUCACUUGGAAUGUACGAGAGGCCGAAACAAUGAGGAGCCCACAAAGCAGGAUCCAGUGGUGCUUCUGGGCCUCCGAUCCCCUCCGUGAGCUCCCCUGCUGUGCGACCUGGGGUGAUCACAUCCAGCAAGGGGUGUGCCCAUAGGCAUGGUAGGAAGCCUCUGAGAUGGCCCCCAGCCAUCCCCACUUCCCGGUCUUCCGUGAUCCCCUCCUCCUGGGUGUGCACCGGACCUGAGGACUCACCUCGAAGAAUAGAAUACAGCAAAGGUGACGAGAUGCCACAUCCAAGGUUAGGUCGACAAAGACUGUGGCUUCUGGCCUAGACGCUCACCCUCUCUGGCUUGCUCGGGGCUCUAGGUGAAGCUGGCGGGCGCUGCCUUGUUGUCAGCUGCCCUACAGGGAAGGCUGCCGUGUCAGGAGGCACUGAUGUCUAUGCCAACAGGCGGGAAGGACCUGCCAACAGCUGCGUGGCUGAGCGCAGAGGCACCGCUGCUUCCACUCGCCUUGACAUGAGCACAGCCCCAGACAGUACCUCGACUGCAGCCUCGCAGACACCCUGAGUAGUCAGAGAGGCACCUGGCCCAGCUGCACCUGGAUUUGGGGUCCACAGGCACUGUGAAAUAACAAAUGUUUGUUGUUUUCAGACACUAUGUUUUGGGACCAUUAGAUCUGCAAAAAUAGCACUCCUCAAAAUAGAAUGGAGUUCUUGGACGAGUCAAGGAGAAGACUACCAUCACCAUGAUGCUUUUGAGUCCUACCACACUAUGCCCAGCCUUCAGUGGAAAGCUGGGGGUGAAGAGCCACAAAUACCAUAAGGAUUAAGGAGUUCUGGAGUCAGAGGACCUGGGUUCAAAUUCCAAAUCUACUCUUUGCUAUGUGAACCCUGGAUUCCACAGUCUGCUCUUCCUCACUAAAUAUGCAACGACCUGCUUGUGAUUCUCUGGAAACAGGCAAAGAAAUGCCAGAGGAAGAGCAGCACCUGGAUGCAGAAACUGAGCAACCCCAGUGUGGUCCGGAGAAGAGCAACUUGGACACCGUCCCCUGGAAGCUUCCAGCAAUGGGUCCUGUUAGCUUCAUGAAGAAGAAGGGGUCAUCCUGCCUGGAGGUGCCACCCCCAGGCCACGGAGCCUCCCUUCAGCACCCCCUGAGGAGCCUGUGUAAGACGCACUGUGAGAACCAGGGUGGGCUUCUCCAGUUUGACCGGCAGGCCCCAGGCCGCAUUUCUAUCUCUCCCACCCUGAGGAGACUAAGGGGCAGUGGCCGGGGGACUUUGCACUCGCUGUCUCAGCAGGACGCCUUGCAGGUGCCCACCUGGGGAAGCUGGAGUCAGCCUGCGGGCUCCCUGUGUUACCUUUCCAGCAGUCUGCCUGGAAGCCUGAAGGAUUCUCCGCACUCCCUGCCACCCUGGAGACUUUGCUCCAGGUUGUCUUCCAACCUCGACGCGGCUGACUCGUUCGAGCCCCAGACCAGCCCCUCUGACAAGCAAGCCCUUCCCGAGCUUCAGCCCAUCGAUGAGGGCUCUCUUCACCAGGCCUCCCUUCUGGGGCGAGAAGGCCACUCCCUGCCCAGCCCCACGCCAUGGUGCCCUGGCCCUCAGGGAGAAGAAUCACAUCCAUCCAGGUUCUACGAGCACAGGCGAAGUUCUGUGGUGCUGAACUUACCCGGACUCGAGGUGUUCCCUGGGGACCUUCUGGUGUCAGAUGGAGCUGCGGAUUACCUGUGCCACCCACUUCUGCUGCUGAAUUCAGAAUCCAAAAAGCCAAGAUGGCCUUUCUCCAAGAGAGGAGUGCAGGGCAAAGACAAACAUAAGCACGUAUCCGACCUGGAAAACUGCCUCUCCUUGGUGAAGAUUACCAACUUCAGGGGCUAUGAGUUCUGCAGCUUUAAGGAUAAAACCUGGAAUGAAGUCAUGGAAACACACCAAAAACUUCCCACUGAUCAAUUAGACUUGAGAAAGCAGCAAGAGGCCGUGUGGGAACUUUUCACGAGCGAAUGCACUUAUUUCUUGGACCAUUUAUUAGUUCUUAAGAUGAUUUUUAUGAAUACACUAAAAUAUCUGCAAACUCAUGAAUUUCUCCUGGAUGUGGAUUUAUGGAGACUCUUUGCAAACCUGGAGGAGUUAGCUCAGACAAGCCUUGGUUUUGUGAACAGUCUUUUCACCCUUAUCAAGGACUAUGUAGAUGCUUCUGAGACUUCACCAUCAAUGGAUUACAUCUCCGUGCUCACAAAGUAUUUCCGAGGGAACCUCUGUCAGAGCCACCAGACCUACUGCCUGAACUACUCAGCUGCUGUCUUUUAUCUUGACAGCCUGAGGCAGCGAGAUGACUUUGGAAUUUAUUUAAAAUGGUGUGAGCAGAACGAGCAGUGCAGACGUCUGCACCUGCCCGAGCUGCUGGUGGCUCCGCUACACAGGCUUACCCGAUACCCCCUGUUGCUGAAGAAUAUCUGGAAAAGGAGUAUAGACGCUGCUGAGAAAAUCAUGAUCUACUCCAUCAAGGAAAAGGUGGAAAAGUCAAUCCGGGAUCUUGAAGGAAAAGUGAAGUGGCUGGACAAUUUCCAAAAAUUUCGACAUCUACAGGAGAUUAUAGUGUGGCCUCCACUUUGGGAUAGAGAUAAAAGGUUUUUCAUUCCAGAGUGUUUGAAACACAUUUUUAAAGAACACAUGGCAGAAAACGUCUUGUCACCAACCAACAGACACCUUCUCUAUGAAGGCAAAUUAACUCUUGCAGAAAGCACAAGAUUCCUAGACGUUUAUCUGUUUCUCUUUAACGAUUUCCUCUUAGUUACCAAAACUAAGCGCAACAAAAAGAAAGUUGGAGGCUCAGACACUGGUUUAAUGUGUCCUUCUCUUACUCCUGAGCUGCAGACAGUAAUAAAGGAGGGUGGUUCGUGUACGGUACUUGAUCAGCCUAUUCCACUAGAUAGAUUGGUAGUCAAAAGUAUUGAUCCACUCCACGUGUCAGUCUUUGGGCUGAGAAAUGCUUUUCUUAUACAACACGAAAACAGAUAUCGACAGUGUAUAGCAGCAUUCUUAUUACAAGCCCAAACGGAAAACAUCAAAAAGACAUGGAUGGUACAAAUAACAGCAGCAAUCUCUUGCUUCACCAAGAAUCAGGAAACCAAGAAAAUAUCUUUAUUCACAUUGCCUGCAGAAUCCUCUGAAAUUUAGGGACCUAAAACAAGUGGCAUAUCGUUUUAGAGAUUAGGGCUUAAGGUAUUUCUUUCAAACUUUUGUAACACUUAUCUAGUGAUGAGCUAGAAGGAAAAGUGCUUUUUAAAGGAGUUCCGGAAUUUGAGAAUUUGAGCUAGGAAAAUCCUCAGUAUAGAGGAAUAGUGACAGCAACAAAUUUGAACUCUGAGGAAUUUCUUGAUAAAUAUAUACUGAUAUUCAGACUACUUUCUAAUAUUUCAAUCAGGUUUGUAAGAGGUACGAGUGAAGAAUGGUGCUAUUAUAAUUUGUAAAGGGUGAAUGAUCAGAUACAUGCAGUAUCAGAAGGAAAACAUUCACUGCUUGUGUCCAACAUGAACACCAGCAUCUUACUUUGUGUGUAUCUGUAAAAUAAUGAAACCAAUUUUCCUACAUGGCUUGUAAAUCAGUCUUACUGCUUUAUAGCCCUACCUCAAACACAAUGAUAAUUCUUUUGAUACAAACUUUGAUUACUCUUUUAAUGUUAGGCAAUAAAUAAGGUCUACAUUUUAAUAGUAGCUUUAAAAUUUGCAUUUUACAACCGUUUAUUUAUCUCAGGUAUACUCUAUAAUACUCUAACUUGGAAGUAGAAAACCUUGAAGACUAAAUUCCAUUAUCUUAUUUCAAGAUAGAAAAAACUAGUAUCUGUUCUGCUUUUACCAGUUAACACUUUUACAUGGGGAAUUUUCAUAAAUAUGAAUAGCAAGGUAUCUUUCUCUUAACUUUGUUUUUUGCAGAAUGAUGGUGUUUGUCAUAAAAAUACUUUCUGGUUUUGAUUGGUAUGUCUGUGUCUAUGUGUGUGUGUUAGCACAGUACAGUAACUUAAUUUUACAUGGCAGGAUUUAAAACUUCAUUAGAAUUUUUAUCAAGAAAAGCAGUUUGAAUUAUUAUAUACACUAUUAAUUGCAUUUAAGGAACUAGUUCUUAGGGACAGAUUAUUAUAUCAAAUGAAGUCCACAAACUUCAGUUUCAGGCAUGAUAUUGUUUGAAAUUUCCAAAGUGGAAGUAGUAAAUUUUUCAAGUUUGUCUGCAAGGCAACUGAGACCAUAACUAAUUUCUUUAAGCUGAAGCAUGGGAUAAACAGAGAAGGAUGUUUCCUGGGAAAGUCAUGUGCACAGUAAUUCUUCGAGGAAGGUACAUAUAUCCCCGUGCAAACAAGGCAGUACAGCAAGUGCAGCAGAAAGACUCUUGUGCAAGGGCCUAGCACUCUCAGAAUGGAGAGUAAUAGUCUCAUUGUAAUAAUGUCAGACAUUUAUUAGAAAUAAAGAGAAAAUAAAAGGAAAAUCUGGAAAGCAAUAACUAUUGUUAAUAGCUAAGAAUAAGUGAGGAGGAAAAAAGUCAAAGAGAAAAAGAGACUUCAAGUGAGUUCCGACACAUGGUAUUCUGCACUAAGACAACAUAGAUUUAUGCAAGAGAAGAUAUAUAAAGAAAUUUCUGGCUUAAAAAAUAUUUUUUUAAAAAUUAACAAUCACCUUGCAGAGAUUUUUAGAUAUAAACCAACCUAGGAGGUGAGCAAUGGAUUAGGACUAGGUGACCUCUCAAGCUCCUUUUAGUCCCGUGACUCCAGCAACCACAUAUUUAUAGUUAUGAAGGACUAGUUUUCUUCCUUUGCAUUUCAUGAAAGGGAGAAAAAUAUUGACUAAAUUAACAUAAAGUAUGUAAAGCAGCUCAAGAAUAUGUUAUACAUAAACUGGAAUUCUGUAACGCUCAAAAAAUAACAUAUCUAAUAUAUAAUAUUUUAAGUGCUUGAGGAUAUGCACAUUAAACUCUUCAUAGGGAAGCACAUUAGAAUGAAAUGGGGAAAAAAACCAUUCUGGAACCUUCAUUCCUGGGGGGAGGUGGAAACAGCAAAAAACAAUGGUACAUUGGGCUUUCAAAAAAGUAUCUUUAAAUGGUCACCUGAGUAUUAAACUUAGACACCUAAUAAAAGAAGGGAUUAAUUAUAUAUUUUUAUAUUUCUUUUUACUUUUACAACUUCACAAUAUUGAAUGGAAUGAAAAGGGAAUGUCUACGGCAAAAUAGCAUCCGUAGUUUCUCGAGAUUAGGAACUUAAUUUACUAAGUUGAAUACCAUUAAAACAACCACUGUCGAUAUCCAAAUGCAAAGUGCUAAUAUACUGUAAAUAAAAUAAUGCAAAAUAGUUAAUGUCUUUCUUGUUCUCUCUUUCGUUAAAUAGGCAA